AUGAUAGCAUAUCUAAUACAUAGGGGUACCGUUGUGUCCCGAGCCUCUCGCUUCGUUUUUGCAUACCUCGGUAUUCUACAAGAACCUGUCCAAGUGGCCUUGAAGAGUAUGGACCGUGAAACCAGUGAAAGGCCGGCGAAAAGAGUGCGACAAGCCUGUGAACCUUGCAGACGUAAAAAAGCAAAGUGCCCUGGAGAGCAGCCGAUUUGCUCCCUCUGCGCACGUCUACGUCAACAAUGCGAGUACGCAGGGGAAAGAAGGACAUCGUCAGUCAAUAAUGUCGCUCCUUUGGAAGACUCGGCCGCGGCGUUCCCUGCCGAGUUGGGGGCUUCUCAUCUCCUGGAGCAUCGACUAGGAAGCAUUGAGUCGAAAAUGGGCAAACUGCUUGAUGCGUUAGGCAAGCAGAACCAUGGGCCACAAGGACAGAAUCUGGCAGCGUCAGAUUCAACACUACCACCUGUUAUAGGUGGCUCGGCCGCGUCUGCACGACUCAACUCGCUGACGCCUCUUCCUGCGUGGGCGAAAGUAGUCUCUAUAGCGGAACUCUACUUGUCGUAUUGUGAAUCCCAGCCGCUUCCUCUAUUCCAUAGGGGUAGCUUCCUCGAGAGUCUUGGGACCCGCGACCCUGAGAUCAUUUACGCUAUACUCGCUCUCAGCAUCCGAUUUGCAGAAGAUCAGUAUCUAGACGUGAAUGAUCUCAUUGCACGAAUCAAUGGCUAUACGGAGGUGGCUAGAAGCUUGGUCAUGAAAAGAGUCUCUGAAGGCCCGGUUGAACUUUCGACAUUGCAGGCCUUAUGUCUCUUGAGUCUCGUGGAUUUCACUAGUGGCGAUACGCAUCGCUCAAACAUCCACAGCAGUCUUGCCAUGAAUCUGGCACAGUGUGCUAAUCUAGGCCUGGAAUCUAAUGCUAAUAUUUCCUCCGUGACACGCGAAGAGCGCCGACGUUGCUUUUGGAGUAUCUGUCUUUUGAAGCGUCUUCAUGGUACCGAAUUCGACUAUGCCGAUAGUCGAGAUAGUAGCUUCCCUCCGUUCCCGGAAAGUCCCAGCGUGCCGCCCCUGAUCAGUCCAUCAAAUAACGCCCCCGAUGCUAGCCGGUCAACAGAUCUACAAGACCAAGGCAUAAUCGCCUAUGUCAUAAUACUCAGCGAAGUGUUUGCGAAGACUGCGCGCUAUGUCAGUCGUCAUGGGAAACCAAGCCAGAUACCACCCUGGUCAGCCCAGUCGGAAUAUUCCAAAAUUAUAACGCUUCAGAUGGACCUGGAGACGCACAUGCCAUAUAUCCACCGCUUCAAGUCUGUGAAUUUGAGCGGCAGAACCCCCGAGGAACUCCAAGAAAAUAGAGCCUACUGGGGCCCCUUUUUCUUGAACCAAUUCCUCUACCAUACGAACCUAUGCCUACUGAACCAUCCGCUCCUUCUAUCUCUCAGUCUCAGAAAUUUUCGAAGCUCAAUACCUGAGAUCUUCCUACAGCAUACCUCUGAUCUGAUCUCAUCCCACACCACUUGGAUCAUUCACUUUAUCAAUUACUUCGAGGAGAAGUCCUUCGUUGUUUCGGAUCCAUUGCUGGGAUACAGUGCAGCAGUGGUAGCUACCAUUGAACUCCAGCUGAGUUUCACCGAGAAAAUCGUUAUCCGCGAAGAAAAGCGCGAGCGGUUUACAAAGUGCGUCAGAUUUGUACAGACGCUCGGACAAAAAUGGCCACACAUGGCUAAAUUGGCAGAUAGGCUGCAGAUGCUAGAAGGCGCCGUAUCUGCAUCCUACCAACCUGAGUCCGGAGCCCAAAACAAGAGCUUACUGAUAGACCUCUCCCGCUUUUGGGAGAUCCUCGAAUAUUCCUCCAACAGCGACGGAGACUCGGCACGGCGAAUGUUUGGUGACUCGCUAUACUGCGAACCACCUGCCUUUACUGCUGAGGUAUCGCAAACGUCGCCACUACCCGAGCCCACUCGCAUCAACUCGGAGCAGGGAGUGGCGUAUACCCCUAGCUCGAACCAUGAACUGCAGAUCCCUUUCCUAGCCGGGCCACAGGGCACAACAGCAUCGAUGGGCUCGCCUCGCCCUACCGACCUGCUGGCUGACGAGUUCUCAAUUCUUGCUACGAGCUUUUUCUCUCAAGGCCAGGAGUUCCUACGGACAGGUGACAACCGCGAGGGUUUUGGGAAUUUCUAG